AUGUCGGACCACGAAGACGUCGUCGAUGGCGAGCCGCCCGCAAUCGACCCGUAUGAGGUCCUGGGGCUCGAGCGCACCGCAACUGCUGACCAGGUCAAGAGCGCAUACCGCAAGGCAGCGCUCAAGAAUCAUCCAGACAAAGUUCCCGAGUCUCAGAAAGAAGAGGCUCAUGAGACCUUCCAGAGCAUCGCAUUCGCCUACGCCGUCCUGUCAGACCCCGCGCGACGAAAGCGAUACGACACCACUGGAUCAACAUCCGAGUCGAUUGUCGACUCAGAGGGCUUCGACUGGAGCGAAUACUACCGGGAGCAAUACAAGGAUGCAAUCUCCGAAGACGCCAUCAGGAAAUUUGCCGAGAAAUACAAGCGGUCCGACGAAGAGAAGGAUGACCUCCUCAUUGCCUACGAAGAGUGCGAAGGCGAUAUGGAUCAGGUGUACGAGCGAGUAAUGCUGAGCGAUGUUGUCGAGGAUGACGAACGAUUCCGCAAGAUCAUUGACGAAGCAAUCGAGACAGGCGACGUCCCCAGCUUCCCGGCCUACAAGAAAGAAAACAAGCGGAAGCGCGCCGCUCGUGCCAAGGCAGCAAAGGCUGAAGAAGCAGAAGCAGAGGAACUAGCCAAGGAACUUGGUGUGCACGACAAAAUCUUCGGUGGCAAGUCAAAGGGCAAGAAGGGCAAGGGGAGCUCAGAGGACGACUUGGCUGCUUUGAUUCAGAAACGGCAAAAGGACCGCGCUGGGGACUUUUUCAAGCGCUGCCGGCAAGAAGGGCAAAGGAAAGAAGCGUGCUGUGGAAGAAGACGAAGAGGAGCCAUCAGAGGAGGCGUUUCAAGCCGCGGCAGCGAGACUUAA